AUGCUUGAUGAGAUUAAAUCACAAGUGAUUCUAAUCCUUGGAAAUUGCGUAUGGCAGACAAAAUCCAAACUAUAUUUGAUCCUGGAUUUCAUAAAUGGAGGACAUCUCUUCUAUCAUCUAUACCGUCAGGGGAUCUUCAGUGAGGAUCAGGCAAGGGUUUACACUGCCGAGAUUGUAGCUGCUGUUUCACAUCUUCACAAUAGUGGGAUCGUGCAUCGAGAUCUUAAACCUGAGAACAUUCUCAUGGAUGCUGAUGGGCAUGUCAUGCUAACUGAUUUUGGACUGGCAAAGGAAAUUGAUGAAUCAAGCAGAUCAAAUUCAAUGUGUGGGACUACAGAAUACAUGGCUCCAGAAAUCUUACUGUCUAAAGGCCACAAUAAAGAUGCAGAUUGGUGGAGUGUUGGUAUACUCCUGUAUGAAAUGCUAACUGGACAGCCACCAUUCACACAUUCAAAUAGAAAGAAGCUUCAGGAGAGGAUCAUCAAUGAGAGAGUGAAACUUCUGCCACGCCUAAGCAGUGACGCUCACUCUUUACUUAAAGGAUUGCUGCAAAAGGACCCAUUAAAAAGGUUGGGCAGUGGACCUAGAGGAGGAGAUGAGAUCAAAAGUCAUAAAUGGUUCCGGUCAGUUAACUGGAAGAAAUUAGAGACCAGAGAGCUGCAGCCAAAGUUUAAGCCAGAUGUGAGUGGCAAGGACUGCACAGCCAAUUUUGACAAAUGUUGGACUGCAAUGCCUCUGGAUGAUUCACCUGCUCCCACACCAACAGCAGGCGAGCAUUUCCUAGGGUAUACUUAUGUGCCACCUAAUCCUUGGCUUUCCUCUAGUUGAACUUGAGGGUGAAGUGACGCUUACAAGCCAACCAAUUUGCCGUCUUAAUUCCUGUAUGUUUGUACUUUGUUUUGCAAACAGAAAAAAAGUAGAAAUGCUCACCACAUUAAUCUGUAAUGUACAUUAUGUUUAAUGUUCUAAUAUUAGUGCGUUUAUGGCUUCCUUUUCAAACUAUCUGUUUUGUGUCACCACUUGUUUCAACAUUUUAG